CGAUGUUCAUCGCCACAAUCAGGCGUCAACCACUUUUUCUUCCGACAUCAGCCAGUGCCGUGAGAGGAUUGGUCGCGAGUGGUUGUUGGUGUGAUUUUGUCGAAAGUUUUACCGAUCCAUUCGAGUUGAUUGUAGUCAAAUUGAAAGAAGGAACGGUCCCUUGAGGCAUCCGUAGAACGUAACUAGGGUUGUUAUCGAACUGGAGUGAGGUGAACGGAUGAAUACACACAGCGAAAUUAUCAGUGGAAUGUGAGAAAAGCAUCAAGCAGCGCUUAGAAAUUCUUGUGAAUGAAUCAAUGAUGAAGUGAGCGCGAAUAAAAUCAGUGAAGUUAUGAAUAAAUAAAUAUUGGAUUUAUUAAAUGCAUUACAAAUCGAUUAUUAUUGAUGAGUGUGGUGUAUACUAGAGAACGCGGCAAUGAUAAUAAAUUGAUUAAACAUCAGUAUAAGUGGGCGAAACAGUGAUUUAUGUUUUCGGUUUAUUGAGAAACCACCGCCGAAGAGGCCCUUUAUCGAUAAAUAAUCAAAAAUUUAUGGGUAUUUAGCAUCCCCUGAGUGGUGCUGACUGAUAGGAGCAAGUUUCUUUUCGGGUGAUUCGCGGGAAGUGAAAAGUUACGUGAAGAGGAAAUCGAUAAAAUUUUCAGCACAGCGAAAAUUAAGCGACAGAUGAAAAACCUGACGAGUGCAUGGGAGUGUUUCCCCGUGUAGUAAAGAGAUUAAUUUCCACAAAAAAAAACAGUGAGGAAGGAAGACCCAAACGGUUGCUCGACUCGAAGUGGCGUGAUUUACAUAUAAAUUGGAUCCUAGAGAACAGGAGAAGUUGUUAAAUGGUUUAGUGACCAGAAAAGGAUAGUUGGAUGUGUGAAUUGAUUAAAGUUUGUGUGAAUGCUAUCCCGAAAAGAUUUUAGCAUGGAGGAAGAACUACGUUGUCCUGUCUGCAAGCAACUGUUCUCCGGUCCAGUGUUGUUGCCCUGCUACCAUGCGCUCUGUUUAGCGUGUGCUGUGGACAUUCAAACAACAGCAAAUCAAGUCCAUCACGCCCCAGCGAUUCAUUUGCAUCAACAGCACUCACAAUCAUCGGCAUCCUCUGUCAGCACCGGUAGUUCCAGUACAACGGAGAGUGUAUCCUCUGAUCAAGACCAGGCCGAUAAAGUUAGCAUCCUGAGCGAAGCUGACUCUGGCGUGAUUUGUUGUACAUCGCGUCCCGGUUCCUACGCAGGCACUCCGAAUCUUCAAGGCUUGCUUUUCCCACCGUCCGGUUCGGGGUCAGUCUUUUCGCUUGCUUGUCCAGUUUGUCGCAAAAUCGUGUUUUUCGACGAGCUUGGCGCCAGAAAUUUACCGCUCUAUCGAGCCAUGGAAUCCAUUGUUGACCGCUUUUGCGAACGCGAAGCACUGCGCUGUCAGAUGUGCGAAACAGAACCACCGAAGGUGGCUUCCGUAGUUUGUGAACAGUGUGAGAUUCGAUAUUGCGACGGAUGUCGUGAACUGUGUCAUCCGGCACGUGGUCCUUUGGCUAAGCACACACUUACCAAGCCACGUGGCGCCUCUCAGCUUCGAGAGUCCAUUUGUGGUGAGCAUAACGAACCGCUAACGAUGUAUUGCCUAGGAUGCAAACUGCCAAUCUGCAACCAAUGUAUAGGCGACAACCGUCACCAGUCACACGAUCUGCAGUCGAUCAUGUCAAUGUGCAAGGCUCAAAAGACUGAAUUGUCACACAACCUGCAGCAGCUCUCGGAGAAAGCCCGAUCAACUACAGAAUUUAUCCAAAGACUGAAAGGAAUGAGCGACAAGGUGACGGAAUCCUGCAUAGAGUUCGAGCGACUAGUGACAUCGCAAUGCGAAGCACUGAUAGAAGCCAUUCACAGGCGGAGAGAAGUCCUGCUGGAAGCUAUUCGGCAAGAUAAAGACACCAAAAUACGAACGUUAAAGGAUCAACAGGCGAGUUGUACUGGAAAGCUACAACAAACCACUGGAUUAAUACAGUUCUGCAUCGAGGCGUUGAAAGAGACUGAUAGUGCGGCAUUUUUACAGGUUGGCUCUAUGCUGAUUAACCGGGUAGCGAACACCGACAUGACGUGGCACCAGGAGGUAACGAACGCCGCACCCCGAGUAUCUCCCAUCGUCGAUCUUACACUGGACGAUACCUCGGUCAUACGGGCGAUUGACAAUCUUAACUUCAUCCAAAUGAAACCUGCUAAGGAAGGAGAAGAACGACUGCCAGCAGUACCCCUGGCACCGAUUAUCAUUCCUGAAGAUUGUUCCGCAGAAAACAACUCGGUAACCGUUGCGUGGCAGCCGCCCAGUCAUUCGUUCGUGCAAGGUUACGUCCUGGAGCUGGAUAAUGGAAGCGGUGGCGAAUUCAGGGAAGUGUACUGCGGAAAGGAGACAAUCUGCACCGUCGACGGGCUGCACUUCAACUCGAUGUACAACGCCCGGGUGAAGGCUUUCAACAGUACCGGCGAGGGUGACUAUUCGGAACUCAUUGGCUUGCAGACAGCGGAAGUGGCAUGGUUCACCUUUGACUCGGUGCUCAGCGGUGGACCCUGUUCGGGAAUGAGCUUCUCCAAUGACAACCGAACUGUUUCGGCUGACGGGUGGGAGCACAGGGUAGCCCUCGGAUCGGUUGGCUUCUCGCGGGGUGUACACUACUGGGAGUUCACCAUCGACAAAUACACCGCCGACACUGAUCCCGCCUUCGGUAUUGCUCGGAUUGAUGUAGCGCGCGAUAAAAUGCUCGGUAAGGACGAUAAGGGCUUCGCGAUGUACAUCGAUCGGCAGCGGUCAUGGUUCCAGCACAAUUCCGUACACGAGCGGCGUGUCGAGGGUGGAAUCUCCUCUGGCAGCACUAUCGGUGUGUUGUUGGAUCUCGAACGCCACACGCUGCACUUCAUCGUCAACGAGAUGCCGCAGGGUUCGGUCGCUUUUCGCGAUCUCUAUGGUGUCUUCUAUCCGGCCGUUAGUGUUAAUCGUGGCGUCACACUGACACUUCACACCAGCUUGGAUGCACCGCAUAUGGACUACCACUGAGACGGUGCCGGCAAGCGAAAACACGAGUAUGAGGAGGCGUGUCGAGCAUGCGAAUCAUUUGAGCUUUCUUUAAUUUAAAUUUUAUUCAAAUUAUUUUGCAACUCCUCGCAUAGUUCGUCACAAGCCAACUGCAGCCACAAGCAACACAGUUCCACCUCCUCCAUCGGGAGCACUUCACGUUUUAUUGCUGGAGUGAUGCUAAGCUAAGAUAAUUCAACAAACAGCAGCCAUUCGGGCGGACGACGGGCGUAGUUUUCGUCAGAGAAGAAUGCAGAUGAAGGAAGAAAAGAAAAACAUAAUCAUGCUUUUGCAAUUUAUAAUGUACAAACAAGGCUUAGAGUUAUACAGAAACUAAAGAAAUAUACCGUACUGUUUGGGGAAAACACACCGAUCAGAAUAGCAUCGAUCGUUAACGGACUCGAUUACACUGGAAUGAGCAAUCCAAACCCGAAGUAUUACCUUAUAUCUUCAUCGAAUUCUAACGUUUUUUUUUUGUAACCGUGAUUCAGUUGACUAUACAAACAUAGCUAAUUUUUAUAGACUUUUGAGUGAACUAAAUUACAUUUCCUGUCCGGUAAGGCGUUUUGCCUGGCUACCCCGUAAAUAGCAAUUCCGAAGUUUUGCUCAUUUAUCGAUAACCUAAUAAGGUAAGGAUUGCACACAGGGAAACAGCCACAUCCGUUGCCGUUACCUCAACACUAAUAGACAUGUUUUCUGAUGGCAAUCAUCAGCCAGGCUAAGCCACGAACACACGAUGAGUUGUUCAACCCCCGUGUUGUCUUCAUUAUAUCCACGGUUCUUCGCAUCGUUAGCGAUAGAAAACAUCAUUCUGUGGAUUGAAUGGAGAAUUUGCUAUUUUCCACUCUGAACCAGCGUCAACUUCGAUGGCAAUGCAGCGGUUUUAUUCAAUCUCGAUAGAUUGUUACUCGUUCUUGGCUCACUCCAUCCGGCUUCUCUUUGACAAAUGUGGUCCCAUUAAGCUUAAUUAUCCUCCUUUGGGGUUUGGAGUUGAGAUUGCUGCUCCUGCUGUUUCUGAUCGAUAUCCGAUUUUAUCCAAUUUAUGUAAUUUAUGCUGUGAAUUGGGUGUACCCAAAGAAUAAAUAGAUCGGAAUCUGAACUUAACAGAAAAUAAUUAAAUGCAUUCAUCCAACAUGAAUUACUAUUCGAAGCAAAUCUACUGUAAAUAUUACAUCAAGAAUUAGCUAUUGCUUUCGAGAGCAUUUAAUUUCUAAAAACCCUACACUCCAAGCGACACAGUGAUUAGUUCGUUACGUAUUCAAUUUACCACCCCAUCCUAUUUAUUUUAACACAUAAAUACUAUAUAGAUAAUGGUACAGUAUUGAUUAAGUCGCAAGUCGAAUGCUAUUGUGCACAGCACAAAAGAACAGAGCACAAUUCAUCAUCAUCAGGUUAAGCGUCACAGUUCGUAUAUCUAUAUAGUUUUAGAAUAGGUGAAAUCAACUAAUUAAACUGCAUUUGAGUGGUUCUGCCUGAUACACAACACGUACUUUGCACAGUUCAACAAAUUAGUUCCUUCAUUCAGCGCAGAUAAUUCCUAAAACACAUUAGUGAAUUAGUGAUUCCAAAGCAUUUUUAGGUAAAGUGAAAAUAUGAGGAUUAUGGUGACAGUCAAACAAGAGACCUGCGAAUGAAAUGUUGACCGAAUCGUCAGUCGAAUCGAGCUAGAAAUGACACCGGAAUAAUCAGCUCAAAAUGUUUGCUCAGCUUUCCGAACAAAUCGAAUGGUAUUUUGGCAGCAGUACACCUAACAAAGGCUUAAUAGGCUUUGGUUAGAUGAAACACGUGAUGCAUUUGCCAAUAACGAGCUUGAUACAGAAGUAGCACUUUGAAAGAGUCAUUGAUUUUAGGAAAACACUUUAUAAUCAACUAAUUGACGUUGGAACAGUUGCUAUGCUUGCAAAAGUAAUCCAUCUAUGGUAAUUGGCACAGCACAUGUUUUAUAGUCGGUAUCAAUUACGAUUCUCCAUUUAACAAGUCCUAAUUGCGAUACGAAGAAGACAGAGGAAUAUCCUUUCGAUUGAACUAUUUCAUCAUGUUGUAGGCAAUUAUUGACCAUUGAUGAAGCUUACGAGAAUAGUUAAUUUAAUAUCUUUACCUACCGACAUGUCGAACAAUCAACCUGGUACUUAUCACAUAACGAGGAAUCAAUAACUCAAAAUCGUCUACACAAGGGAAUAGUCGUUUUUUUAUUUUUAUUUAAUCUAUGGAUCAUGAAUUUUAGCUCAUUUCACAUAACAGUUGGCAUCUACAUUGGAUGGUAAGAUGAUUGUCACUUGUGCGUCGAUGCCACAUUUAUUUUGAGUCGAUAAUACAGGUUGUACCAUUUAAAAUCCGCACACACAAAAUUCGUUCUCAAAAUUCGAAUUUUUAUCCGAUUAUUGCCAAAUUCGUAGAAAGAAAAAUGAAACAUUUUAAGUUAGUUUUGGUAUUAUUUAUUUAAUUUAUCCCGCCAUUACAUUCGAAUGCGCGAACCAUGGCCUUAGCCUCAGUUUGUUGCAUAUUAACCCACGCGUUCUUAAUUUCGUACUCAUUUGCACUACUUUACACUGCUUUAGAAGGUGCUCUUUAUGAUGGCCCAGCAUUUUUUCCGAAGUGUUUGAGAGGUUCAGAUUUUUCGGAAUGGAAUCGACAUAAUUCGCCUUAUACCUUUCGAGCACGUCUUCCCGUGUAGUGGCAUGAUGCCAAAUCCAAACACAAAUACGCCGAACCGUCUUACAGUUGGCAAAAACUUUAAUGUUUGAAAGUUCCCUUUUUAUUAGCUUUCCAUCGAUAUAUUUGUAUUUUUUUACUAUCAAAUAUGAACUUUGCGCUGCCGGCUAACGUUUCAAAUGUUUAUUUCAUCAUCUUCAGAGUAGAACGUCCCACAAUAUGCUUCGUCAAGUAGGGUAUGGUAGCUUAAAAUGGUAUCUGUGGAUUGGCAAAAAGUUCCGAAGUCAUCGUUUGAAUGUUUUGACAAUAGAUAUUUUACAAUAUGUGUGAUUUCCAAGAAUUCUUAUGGAAGUAGGCUAGUGUAAUAUGUUGUCACUUCACAAACAGUUGCCAAAGCCUAGCAUAAAAAUAUAUGAAUUAUGUAAUAUAAACAAUGUAAUGAAAUUCUCCAGAUAUAUCUUGAAAUCAAUUUCACACUGAUAUUGCUUGAAUUGAGAACAUGAAAUGAAUACGCAGCCCAAAAACCUAUUCCUUGAAUUCUCGAUAAGAUUCUUGAUAGCAUCGCUUGCAAUAUUUUGUUAUGUGAAUGCGUCAAAUCUAAUGCUAAGAGAUUUGAAAAAAUCUGUUGUCACUGUUAGGUGAACUACACACGUUUUUGACGAUAUAAUUACUAGCGAGAGACAUAAAAAAUACAUAGAGAAAUCUUCGCUUGAAAUAUGAGAAUCUUGCAAUGCAAUCAUAAAGUUGUGACUUCGAGUUUUGCUUCUAUAAUACAUAUCGUGACAUUAUUCCCGGUAAACAAUAUAUUUUAGAUUUAAGACGACGAAUUGCUCAAAUUGCUAGCUAUAUAUGUUUGAAAUUUUAUUAAAAUGACCACCAUAAACGCUAUGCCUAUGUUCAGACUAUAAUAACUUGAUCAUAUACUUAGUUUCAAACCUGGGACGUGAUAUUCCGAAGUCAUCGUUUGAGUGUUUUGAUAAUAGUGUCAAUUUUUUGUGUUUUCACUUUAAAAACAGUUUUCAAAGCCUAGCAUGAAAAUAUAUAAAUUUUGUAAUAUAAAGAAUGAAAUGAAAUUGUUUGGAAACCAAUUUGAUAUUUGAAAUUCACUCUGAUAUUGCUUGAAUUAGGGACAUGAAAUGAAUAUGCAACCCAAAAAUAAACACUCUUCCUUGAAUUCUUGAUAGCAUCAAUGGCAAUAUUUUGUUAUGUGAAUGCGAAAAUCUAAUGCUGAUAGAUUUUAAAAAGUUGAACAGCGCACGUUUUUGUCGAUAUGAUUACUAGCAAGAGACAUAAAAAUACGUAGAAAAAUCUUGGCUUGAAACAUGAGAAUUUAGCAAUGCAAUCAUAAAGCUAUGCAUCUAUAUCUUGACAAUAUUCCUGAUAAACAGUCUAUUUCAGUAUUAAGACGAUUGUUCAAAAUUACUCAAAUUGUUUGCUAUACAUUUCAAAUUUAAUUGAAAUAACCAGCACAAUUUAUGUUCUAUAAUAUGACAUGGUUUCAUAUACUUUGCUUUAAAUCUGAGUCAUGAUAUUCAUUGUCGACUGUUUCGAACAAUAGAGAAAAAGCAUGUAAGGCGCAGAAAUGCGCAGAGUGGUACAGAGAUUUUCAAAAAGUAGAAAGAAAAGCUACAAAAGCAAUCAAAACGUAGAGAUAAAGUACUACAAAAUGAGUGAGCAGUUACAGCAGUUUCCUACCCAUUUGAAGCUCUAGAUACAAAGCAUUGUCUUUACGCCAUACAUUAUAUAUGGAAGAAAAAAAUAAAUCUCACAGCACCCCACUUCAAAAAGUUCUGGAGAGUUUAUUUCACAUUCUACAAUUUUCAAAUUUUGAACUAAGAUUCUUGAUUUCAUGGGAAAUUUAAUAGGAAGAAUGUUUCAUAUGAAUAAAACAAAUUUGUUGUAGGUUUCUUUCAAAUACACCUUUCCUCGAGUACAAAUCGCUGGCCAAAUAAAAUCAUUGGCUUGAUUCCUAACUUUUUUUUCGAUGGCGCGAUGCGACAGAUCCUCCUUCUGAACGUACUCCGGCGAAACUUUGUCGGGUACGCAGGGUUCUUUCGUCGACAUUUUAAAAAUUUAUGCCCACCUGAUUGAUGUAAUCAACUCACACAGUGUAAAUAAAAAAAAUUCUAAUACCUUUCUAUAGAGAAAGGCAAAAAUCGCAAAAUUUCAAUCAACUUUACCCAACCGUUACAACGGAUCAAAGGUUAAAACAAUUUGAGUGUGUGCGGAUUUUAAACGGUACACCCUUUAAUGCUCAUUCCACUUUCCGAUAACAGUGACCUGAAACAACAAAGCGGACACAAACAUAUGCUAAUUAGUUCAACUGGUGUCAUGAUUCACAAGCAUGUGCAGGCGAUAAUUCUUAUUGUAAUUAUCAUCAUCAUCAUAAUCGCCAUUAAUGUAAUUCAUAUUCGAUUUAUGAAAUAAAACUAGUUGUUCCGUGAUGUUUUUGUACAUUUGUAAAUUAAAAGUAAAUUAUUGCCACAAUCUGCUAGCACAUAAUAAUUUUAUAACGCCAAACAAAUAAUAUUGAAUGAUUAAUACACGUUUAGCAUAAAAGAGUCAACACGUAUGUAGAAGUAGUCGAUUGUAUUGCAAUAACAUUCACUGUGUGUGUUUGGUAACAAACAAUAAAUGCACAUAAAUGAACUACUAACUGGGGUCGACUAACGCCCACUGACACGACGAAUCCGGCAUUCCAGAGUAUGACAAUUUUGCAAAUCAGAAAAAUACAGGUAACUUCCUAUACUAUAGGUUUUAAACAUGUCUUCAACAACUGUGCGCCAUAUUAACUGAACAGUAGGCGACGAUUUAGGGUGUAGUAAUGUAAUGUUUAUAAUAAGCUUCCGAUAAUUGUAGUCCGAUUAAAUUUUAACUGCCCGGAAUUCAACCUAGCAGCUGGUGGAAGUGGACACGAUGCUAACUAUUAUUACGAAAUAAAUAAUAAUUUAUUAUGAGACUAAACUUAUUAUGGUAUCGAAAAACAGAAUUCUGCAUUAACGAGAGACGAUUGUAGCUCAUCAUUCUAUCAAAUUAUAUAAAAAGAACAGUUUA